UAAAAUGACCCCGCCCCUCACAUCUACCGCGGAUCGAACUCCACUACUGGAGCAACACGGGUAGAGCAAUCAACCGGGCUUCACUCCCACUCUUAAUCUGCUCAGUUUAGCCGGCAGUUUAGACAUGGAGCUAUUCUAGCUAAAUGGUUUAAAGGUCAUGUUUGUGCUUUUGGACUUCCUUCAUCGAGAUACUGUUACGGCAGACGCUCCAUGAUCACACAAUCGGUCACAACAAGCUAAUUACGAGCCUACUUCCUUGUACAUACCGCAGCAAGCGUCAUUUAUUCUUGAAUGAAAAAGGGUCAAUAUCUGAGGUACAUAAUGGCACUCUCUCAGCAACGAGAUAUAUCUGGACGAAUGGCCCAACUUUCUAGUGCCAACACGGGAUUCGCCCUUCAUAUCUAUCAAACUCUUCAAGAUGAGCGGAGUGGUAGAAACUUGUUCUUCUCUCCCCUCAGCAUAUCCACAGCCCUUGCAAUGACGCAGCUAGGAGCCAGAGGUGAUACAGCGACUCAGAUCGCGGACGUCUUUCGUUUCAACCAGGUAGACCAACUGCAACUCCAUGGAACUUUCAAAGAGCUGAACAACUUGCUGUACCAGAAACAAUCUGGUUACAAACUUCAUGCAGCCAACAAGCUGUAUGGUAAAUCAGGCUUCAACUUCGUUCAGUCAUUUCUGGAAGGAACUGCUUCAUAUUACGGAGCAGCCAUAGAAGCUGUGAAAAACUUUGCAGAUCCGACUGCUGCUAAAUCGAUCAAUGAUUGGGUGUCACAGCAAACUGCUGGUAAGAUCACAAACCUUAUUGCCCCUGGUAUCUUGAAUGAUCUUACACGCCUUGUCCUCGUAAAUGCCAUAUAUUUUAAGGGGAACUGGGCAUCAAAAUUUCGUGCCGAAAAUACGACACAAGAUGUAUUCAAGGUUCUAGAUGAACGAAGUAAAGUUCCUGUGAGUCUUAUGAUUCAAAAGGGUAAAUUUUCCCUUGCUGUUGACAAAGCAAAUGACUGUCUUGUUCUUGAAAUGCCCUAUCAAGGCAACGAUCUCAGUCUGCUGAUCGUCCUUCCAAACAAAGACCAUGGCCUUGGGAAUCUUGAGUCGAAACUCUCUGCAGACAUCCUGAAAUCCUGGGACUUAGGACUCAAAUCAAGACAGGUGAACAUUCUUUUACCAAAGUUCAAACUAGAAGCAGAAUUCCAACUGAAGGAAGUUUUGAAACAAAUGGGAAUUGCAGAUGCUUUUGAUGAGAAUAGGGCCAACUUCGAAGGAAUUUCAGGUGAUAGAGAAUUGUGCAUCUCUGCAGUCAUCCACAAGGCGUUUGUCGAUGUCAAUGAAGAAGGGAGUGAGGCAGCUGCUGCAACAGCCGUUGUGAUGAUGAAAAGAUGUGCUAUUCCACGAGAACCAGAGAAGCCAAUAUUGUUUCGAGCAGACCAUCCAUUUCUAUUCAUGAUUCGUCACCGCUCCACUAAAUCUGUUCUUUUCAUGGGAAGGAUGAUGGAUCCCUCUUAAAACUUUUCUACCUGAUUUUCGCUAUCUACCGUUCGAACCGAUAAAUUUGCGAAACCAAAAUGGUAAAUGCGAAUUAUAUUCUUAGAAUGCAUUUCGACUGGAGUAUUGUUCAUUUAUUAUUUUGCAUUAGUUAGCGAUGAAAUGAAAGUUGACAUCAGAUAUCGUUGCCUUUUUUCUAGAUAUUCAUACGUAGUUGACCCAAAAAAUUCUGAUGAACAAGGCUCCAGACACCAGAUCGGAUAAUGUAGUGCGGUGAUAAAUUUGAACAGUAAAUUAAUUCCUAAUCGGAACAUAUCCUUAAAGGGAAAGUUCGCCCUGACAAAAAAAAAUCAUUGUAAAAUCAGCAGGAAAAAAUGAUUUAAGAAUGUUGAUGAAGGUUUUAGGAAAAUCCGUCAAAGAUUUAAAAAAUAUCAGAAGUUUAAUUUUGGGUUUUGUGACGUCAUAUGCGAACAGCUCUCUAAUUAUCGUGAAUUAAACAAAUAUCAAUUAAAAUGUAAUUUUCUUUAAAAAGUUCGAAAUGAUUUUAAUCGUGUACCUCCAGUUUCUGAAAAACAUAAUCAUGUCACACUCGCUCCUAUACGAGAUCAUGAAUUCACCAUAAACCAUUAAAAAAGGAAAUUCGUGCACUCAGCUGCUCGUAUAUGACGUCACAAAUCAUAUAUUUAAAAUUUCUAGUAACUUCCUUGUCUUUGAUGGAUUUCACCAAUAUUUCUUAUUUCAUUUUUUUUUAUUUAACAAACUUUUAGUCAGGGUGAACUUCCCCUAUAAGACUACAGAGUCGAGAACUCGAUAAGCAUAUUAUAUGGAUUUUAAAGCGUCUCUCAAAACACGAUUCAAGCUAUUUAUUGAUUAUUAGCCCCAAAGCCCCCACCCUCGACAUUUUCCGCGACCUUUCCGCUGUGCGAAAUUUUUCGACCGCGCCGCUCUUUUUAUUUUGAAGUCUUGCGCAUUUUUUGAGACCAGAUUUCCGAUACGAGGGUAUGCAGUUUUAAAAUUAGGAUUUUGUGUACAUAGUCAACGAAAAUGGAAUUUUCUUAUCUUAUUCACAAAGAUCAGCUGAAAUUGAUUGAUUCUAGCAUAAUUGUCAUUCAAAAAGGCUCCGCAAUAAAGUAAACACCACAAAGAACAAGGUCGAAAAACAAGAAAAUACUAAAGAAAUUCAUAAAACGAUAAAAUACGUAAGAAAUUCAUUUUCAAACCAGGAUUCUUUCAUUUUUAAUUGCUAGCAAUGGUAUGAAGAUUAUUUACACCAAAAAUAGGAUUCUAAGAACUGUUUUACAGUGAAUUACAGCAAAAAAAAUGUAUGAUUUACACAUAGGGCCUAAAUUAGCAUGAUUAUUUCACGUAAAAAAAUCUAAUAAUUUGGGGGGAAAUAACCAUAGAGCCUUGUAGAUUACACCCCACACUAUCAUUUUGCCAAUCUUCACGGCGUUCGCGUGAUCGACAAGCGAGAUCUCUCCGGUCAUAAAAAGUCCGGU